AUGUCGAUCGAUUACGACAGUUCUAGGUCGAUCGACAACAACGAUUGUAUGUCGAUCGAUACUACAUAUAUUCUGAUCAAAGAGACUAAUCCAAAAACCCUCAGCUUCGGUAUAAAGGUUAACGUCGCGCACAAAAAGUUAUGCUCUGACCAUGAUUCCCCCGUGGAUGAAAAUCUGGAUCAAGGAGUGCAUGUAGUCGGACAAGAUUCAAAGGACAGACCUUGGUACGCUGAUAUAGUAAACUAUUUAGCUGCCGACAUAGAACCCGAAGGGUUGAGAGGAUUCGGAAUACCCCGAAUAGUCAUAAGUGAUGGUGAUUCUCAUUUCAUCAACAAAGUUUUUGAAGGACUACUCCGUAAAAACGGAGUACACCAUAGAGUUGCUACACCCUACCACCCGCAGACGAGUGGGCAGGUAGAAGUCUCAAAUCGACAAAUCAAAGAAAUCUUAGAAAAGAUUGUGGGCACAUCGAGAAAAGAUUGGUCUAGAAAACUGGACAAUGCACUCUGGGCCUACCGGACUGCCUUCAAAACCCCUUUAGAAACCACCCCAUUUCAUCUACUGUAUGGGAAAUCAUGUCACUUACCAAUGGAGCUGGAACACAAAGCAGCCUGGGCCAUUAAAUUAUUGAAUUUCGACAUCAAACCAGCCGCCGAAAGAAGGCUCAUACAGCUUAAUGAACUGGAUGAGAUUAGACAUUUUUCCUACGAGAGUUCAAAGAUAUACAAAGAGAAAACGAAAGCAUAUCAUGAUAAAGAGAUCAUUUCCAGACGCUUCGAACCUAAUGAUCAAGUAUUAGUGUAUAACUCUCGGCUAACGAUGUUUCCCGGAAAACUCCGAUCUCGUUGGUCUGGUCCUUUUACUGUUGUGAAUGUCAAUCCUUAUGGAGCCAUUACGCUUAGAAGUAAUAAAGGAGACGAAUUCACGGUAAAUGGCCAACAAGUAAAGCAUUAUUGGGCUAAUGAGAGGAGAACAAAGAGGAGGUUCGACACCAACAGGCCAGCUACUUUCCGUGACAGAGACCCUUGGCCGAGACAGCCCGAAGAUGGACCUAUUCCCCUCUUUGAGAGCUCCCCCGACACGCGAAAAGCGGCGAAGAGCUUAGAAUGCCGCAACCGUGCGAUCGAGGACACCUGGGACGACUGCGACAACAUAUUCUACAACGCGUGGCUACAGGUUUCCAUAGAACCGAUGCGUUUCGUCGACCAAGACAUGGUCCGAGCAUUGGGCAUCCGAUCGGACCUCGAGGACUUGUUCACGGAGUUGGGUAUGGGAAACUUUGCUACCCACCCACAGGUCCUCUACCCGGAGCUGGUCCGUCAAUUCAUGGCCACCGUGAACGUAUACUACACCCAUGAGAGGGCAAAGAAGGCUAGCGAGGGUGUCCUGACUUUCUUCAUCUGUGGCGUUUGCUACAGAGUCCCUCUUUUGACUCUCUGCACUAUCUACGGAGUCCCUCUUUUGACUCUCUGCACUAUCUACGGGUUCGAGACCGAGCGCCAGCACGCCACCGUACCCGACUUCCCAGGGAUUGGGACAUUUUGGAGCCUCAUUGCUACCAGCUUCUUCAACCCUGCCAAGAACGUUCAGACGGACAUUCGUCACCCGACUCUGCGUUACUUCAUGAAGGCCCUUGCCAACACCUUGUUGUGCAAGAUGGAACCUAGUAAGGUUCGAGUCCAGGAGCUCACUCUGGUUUACUACGCGGUGAGGAGUCUGGUUCACAUGGAGGGCAUUGAGGAGCCCGCGGUUGACGCAUGGCCCAACCUUGGAGCCAUAUUUGCUGAGCAUCUGACCAAGCUCAAGAUGAAGCCUUUCUAG